GCCUGGAGGGCAGGCGGAUCCCAGUGUGGGCCCAGGAGGCCCAGCCAAGUGACCCGUACGUGGCUGCCUCCUGGUCGCACCAUGAUCCAUCCCGCACCCCGGCUCUCUGUGCCCGCCGCGCUGGCCCUGGGCUCGGCCGCGCUGGGCGCCGCCUUGGCCACCGGCCUCUUCCUGGGGAGCCGGUGCCAUCCCUGGCGAUCCCGGCGAGAGAAGCGCCUGCUGCCCCCUGAAGACAGCCCCCUGUGGCAGUAUCUGCUGAGCCGCUCCAUGCGGGAGCACCCGGCGCUGCGGAGCCUGCGGCUGCUGACCCUGGAGCAGCCCCAGGGAGAUUCCAUGAUGACCCGUGAGCAGGCACAGCUUCUGGCCAACCUGGCGCGGCUCAUCAAGGCCAAGAAGGCUCUGGACCUGGGUACUUUCACAGGCUACUCAGCCCUAGCGUUGGCCUUGGCGCUGCCCCCGGCCGGGCGCGUGGUGACCUGUGAGGUGAACCCGGGGCCCCCGGAGCUGGGGCGGCCCCUGUGGAGGCAGGCUGAGGAGGAGCACAAGAUCGACCUUCGGUUGAAGCCCGCCCUGGAGACCCUGGACGAACUCCUGGUCGCGGGCGAGGCCGGCACCUUCGACAUGGCCGUGGUGGACGCGGACAAGGAGAACUGCACCGCCUACUAUGAGCGGUGCCUGCAGCUGCUGCGCCCCGGAGGCAUCCUCGCGGUCCUCAGUGUCCUGUGGCGCGGAGAGGUGUUACAGCCUCAACCAGGGGACACCGAGGCCCAGUGCGUGCGAAACCUGAACGAGCGCAUCCUGCGGGACGCCAGGGUCCACAUCAGCCUCCUGCCUCUGGGCGACGGCCUCACCUUAGCCUUCAAGAUCUAGGGCCGGCCCCCAGCGGGUGGCCUCAAGGGAGGGGACCUGGGAACCCCAGACAUCAACCCUGAGUUUUAAAUUCGACAAUAAAGUGGGGCCUGGGACACGAUCUUUUGAGCCUCUGUAUGUGGCGCAAAAGUGGGAUAGGGAGGGAAGGUCCAGCACUGGCAGGUCCUAAAGCAAAUGGGGGCCUUGAGGUCAUAGACAUCAUCCCCUCCUUGGCACAGUCCUGAGGGCCACCUGGCACCAGGUCUAUAGCCUGAGUAGGAGCCUCCAGCUGACUGGUAGCAGGAAAUAAAGUUUUGAUUGACCUGGCCACAUACAGGACCCCAGCUCCUCAGGUUUGCCCCCACUGGACAGGAUCUGAGGGCGGGCAGCUGGGUAGAACCCCCACCCAUUGGUCUCCCUCCUACUUCACUUCCUAGGAGGGGCCAGUGAACGGUCUUGUUUGGUGCAGCUGGGACUGACUGGAAACCCUAUCUGGGGUCCGACAAGGAACAAGGAAACCGCCUUAGAGCAGACCAGGUUUGCCACUGGGCGCUUUCAUAGGUUAUGCCAGUUCUAUUUGCCCAUGUUUUCACAGAACUGUCAGCUCGACCUCACCUCUGCAGUGGAGGCUCUGCUCAGUGGACAUCACCUCUGAGAACCAGGCCACUUGACUUAAACCUGAGGACCUCAAGGUUGGAGCAUAUAUCCUGUCCUCCCCCUGAAGUCCUGGAGGAAGGUGAGGGCCUGGGGGGGAUCACUGGCCAGAAAGGUGUGAAGUAGACAGGCCUAGAGGGAGGAGACUAUCAGUAUGGCAGUUUUUUUAAAAAGUUCCCCACAGGAAGACGGAUAUAGUUAGGCUUUCCCACACCAACAUCUACGAGAGGAGGUGGCCAGGGAGCCAGGUGCUUCACUUCUCUCCAUCUAGACCUCCCUAAUCCCAAUCCCACAGGAAGAUCCUAUCUCCACACCAACACAGAUGAGUAUCAGGUACAAAUAUGAAGCGUUCAACUAACUGCAUCAGCCUAGAAUACAAUUAGGUUUUGCCACCACUGGAUUAGGCCUGGGUGCUAUAAAGCUGGAGACUAUUAGAAACAAGGCCACAGGGGCCCAUAGCUGGCAACUUCCAUAAUCCUACACCUCCUGGGACAAACCUGGCAUUUUAUGCAACCCUCAGGGCCCCAGGAACCUUCUCUCUCCCGCAUGCUAAAAACGUUAAUUAGUAUGCACCUGGGUAAAUACGUCUACUUUACUCUUAAAUGUGUCUCUGACCAACUGCUAACUCACUUGUGCCACACCCCAAUCCUGAGUACUGGACGCGGUAAAAUCCAGCCACAGCUGAGGGAAGGCCACCUGUUAGCUCUGGGGCAGUGGGUCAUCCAGGGGGCUUCAGAAGUCACAGGCCUAUGACCAGUUCCUCCCCACCAGGUGGAGUUUCAGAGAUGUCUCAUCUACUUCACACCUCUCUUGAGAAUCCCAAAAGCAGACGUGCUUUCACACCUAACUUGCAGACAUCAAACAGGAAAACUGUUUGACCUAGCAAAAGAUCCUGACUCAAGCAAAUUGGCUCAAAUUCCAACUGUCUGCCAUUAAAUCACGUGUGUCUUACUCACACAGGCCAUUCUUGGCAGUCCCUUAGCACAUACAUAGAUCAGGAGGAGCCUCUUUAUCACCCCACAGUGGAAAGCUUGCUUGAGCUUCUAAUCUCUCAUCAGAUUCUUUCUGACCUGGAAAUUUUCAGCAUGUAUCACUUUUUUGGGUAAUGAGUCUCAAAGUACAUUUUCUUACCUGUUCCCUCUUAGGCUUCAAAUGGUACCUCAGGUCUAAUAGUAUAAAUAUGUUGAACUCCCUUCUCUAUCCUCUCCCUUCUCUAACCUCUGAUCACACCCUUCAAACUAUCUUCUCCCAUCAAAAACACUUGCUGUUUCCUACUUUUCCAACCAGAAUCACCUAUUAAUUUCUGUCAUUCAGCCCCAGUGCAGAUGAAGGCCAAUGGCCACAAAGCCUGAAGGCACUGCUUCUGGUCUCCCACUUAGGCCCAACCCUUUCAGUGUCUGCCUAGAAAGAGACGAUUCAUGACCUCUCACGGAGGCCCAUAUACUCCCUUCUCAAGUCCCUCUGGUUACUGACACCUCACUCCAUUUGCCUACACCUCGUCCCAUCCCACCUAGGGCCUAGUUCACUUCCCACAGCAAUAGCUCACAGGGGUAUGGUGUGUGUAUACAGCCUUCAGCACCACCUCUUCAAUGAUCCAAUGGAAUUCUGGACAAACUUACAAACUGAAGGUAUAAAGGCAUAUAUCCUCUUAUUUUAUUGUAGUCCAAAAAGUUUGUGGAGUUACUUUAGGGACACAGAGGACUUUAUGGCACAGAUUUAGGUAAAAAGCAAAAUGCUCACCAGAAAAAUAAGGUACUAGUGACAUACAAGGGAGAUCUGACCCUGGCAAAUGUUUAAACUCUGCAAAUACUUGGGAGUCAUUAAUUAUGUAUACUUGUUUUUAUUCAUAAUCUGUAAUGUUUGGGGAUACCAAAAGUAAUUCUAAUGAUGGGCUGGAUUUAACAAAAAUUUUUUAACCUCAUCUUAAAACUUCCACUGAUCCAUUUUGUUCAAUGGCAAUUUUCAAUGUUAAUAGGAACAUAAAAAUAAACAUGCACACAACUGCACAGUUUUCAUAAAGGUCUAUUUCAUUAUUGGUGGGUAGCGCAUUUAACAGUUAAAUACAUUUAAAUAAUGUAUAGGUGACUGCACGACUGCAGCACUGGUAACUAGAUAGAUAACCAAUUCAACUAGAAACCAGCUAACAAGUAACUGUCUAAAUAUUUAAAAUACAGCUCUUGUUUAGAUCAUCCUUUGAUUUGAUCACCUUCUUGGGGGGGGGGAGCCUGCUGGUCACACUG